GUACUUGUUUAAGUGGAUAUGAAGGUGAACGUUGUGAGGAAGAGCAUUAUGCAUCAACCUACCUGAUACUAGUAUACAUAGUCUUUGUCUGCGUGGUGAUGUGUACAUUAUUUGUCUUCAUCUGCAGGUGGUAUUAUAAAAACCAUAAGAAAACGGAACAUACUACAAAUAUGAACAACAUUCAAACCAGUAGUGCUCCCAACCCACCUAGAGAAAUGUCAGUGGUGGCUAGUUCAGUGUGUAGUGCAAUUCCAACAGCAACGAAUACACCAGAUAACACAAGGUAUGAAAACAUUCCUCUGCCAAGCAGUGGUGCCGCAAAACGAUCUAUGCCAUCACAAAGGAAUGAUCAUCCAGUUAAUGAUGAUGUUGGAGUUAUACCAACAACAUCAAAUGUACUAAGUGAUACAGUGUAUUAAAUUCCUCUGCAAGCCAGUGGUGUUGGUGGAGCUGCUCUAGAACGAGCUAUGGAAUCACGAAGGAAAGAUGAUUUGAUCAAUUAUAAUAACGAAGCUAUACCAACAACACCAAAUUUACCAAGUGACACAGGAUAUGAAAUUCCUCUGCAAGCCAGUGGUGUUGAUGGAGCAGCUCUAGAACAAGCUAUGGAAUCACAAAGGAAAGAUGAUUUGAUCAUUGAUAAUAGUGGAGUUAUACCAACAACACCAAAUGUUCCAAGUAAUACAGAGUACGAAAUCCGUCUGCCAACCAGUGUUACUGAUUGGGCUGCAGAUUCACUUGAUUCAACUUGUGAAGAUCACAUAUAUACUUCAAUAAUUUAAGCAUAACUAACCUGAGAUAUAAAGCAUGUAUACACAAAAUAUUAUAUUUUUGUAUUAAUUUCAUUUUCUAGAAUCAUACAAUAUUGAACAAAAAAGUAAUUGGUAGGGUACAGUUAAAAAUUCUUGGUAGAAUCUAAAAAAUAAUUAAUAAUACCGUUUUAAGAUAUUAUUUCCAAACAAUUAUAUUUUUCGCUUGAUCUAUAAUAUAUAUAUAUAUAUCCCCCCGAGGAGUUGUGGUUUUUUUCUCCUUG